AUGACCCAUCCUCUGGAAGAACCUAAGCGGGUCGGCUGUGAUGUUUGCGGAAAACGAUUCAAAAACCAGUCUGCUCUCAAUGGCCACAUGCGUCUCCAUGGCGGAUAUGGCCUAGUAGGCUCACCUCAACGUCAACAUUCACAACCGCAACACACCAACAAAAUUAAUGAUAAUACAAUUAAAAGUAAUAGUCAGAGGCAAGAUAGAGACCAUAUACAAGAAUUACCGCGGCAAGCACGCUUGCAAGCACAACGCAAGCCGCAGCAUCGUACUCAAACAGCUGAUUCGAUGGAUCAAACCCAGCUUGCAGCACACAUCUAUCAUCCCCACCAUCACCACCGUCACCGUCAAUCUGGCCAGAAUCCCGAAGAAUCCAUAGGGCUAGCUCAUUCGUCUCACUUGCAUUCUCAUUCGCCCGUUCAAGCGCAGCAGCAGGUGGAAACAAAUGUUUAUAAGUCUCAUCAUCGCGUCUGCCUCCAUGCCCCUGAGCAGUUGUCGAAGUUAAGGUCAAAUCGUCAGCUGUCACCUGUAUGUAGCAAUCCCCAAUCCCGGAUGCUGGGGCCUGGAGAUUGCAGUAAAGGGGUAGAGAUUCAGCGUCCAACUGCGGAAUCCGGUCUCUUUGAUUCAUCCCAAAUAGCUCCAACAGCUUCUAUCUGUUUUUCAGUUGCUUCUUCGACUCUUUCUUCUUCCUCCUCAACUUCUUCUUCUUCUUCUUCUCAUUCCGAGCAUUCCUCAGGACCUUUCGUUAAAACGUUAUCUUUGACUCGCGAUCUUCAGCCAACCUCAGACCCAACCAGUGAACCGGACACGGACGCUGAGUUAGUAGAGGCCAAGAGGCGAUCGCCAUCGGUUAUGCUGACCUCUUUGGGCGCUGCGGCCUCCGAAUCAGAUUCAAGGAAAAGUCCUCACUCCAUUAAAGCAAAUCCUGGGCACAGUCAGGUACAGAAGUACUCCACCCUAAUUUAA